GUGCGGGCCUAGAGGAAAAGCGAGAGGGAGACGGACGUUGAGAGAACGAGGAGGAAGGCAAGAAAAUGGCGUCCACGGAUUACAGUACUUACAGCCAAGCUGCAGCCCAGCAGGGCUACAGUGCCUACACUGCCCAGCCCACUCAAGGAUAUGCGCAGACCACACAGGCAUAUGGGCAACAAAGUUACGGAACCUAUGGACAGCCCACUGAUGUCAGCUAUACUCAGGCUCAGACCACUGCAACCUAUGGGCAGACUGCCUAUGCAACUUUUUAUGGACAGCCUCCUACUGGUUAUAGUACUCCAGCUGCCCCCCAGGCCUACAGCCAGCCUGUCCAGGGGUAUGGCACUGGUGCUUACGAUACCACCACUGCUACAGUGACCACAACCCAGGCCUCCUAUGCAGCUCAGUCUGCAUAUGGUACUCAGCCUGCCUAUCCAACGUAUGGGCAGCAACCAGCAGCCACCGCACCUGCAAGACCACAAGAUGGUAGCAAGCCUGCUGAAACAAGCCAGCCUCAGUCUAGCACAGGAGGUUACAACCAGCCCAGCAUGGGGUAUGGACAAAGUAACUACAGUUAUCCCCAGGUACCUGGGAGCUACCCCAUGCAGCCAGUCAGCGCACCUCCGUCCUACCCACCUACCAGCUAUUCCUCUUCACAACCAACUGGCUAUGAUCAAAGCAGUUACUCUCAGCAGAACACCUACGGACAACCAAGCAGCUACGGACAGCAGAGUAGCUAUGGGCAGCCAAGCAGCUAUGGACAGCAGCCACCCACUAGUUAACCCCCCCCCCCCAAACUGGAUCCUACAGCCAGGCUCCAAGUCAAUAUAGUCAACAGAGCAGCAGCUACGGGCAGCAGAGUUCAUUCAGACAGGACCACCCCAGUAGCAUGGGUGUUUAUGGGCAGGAGUCUGGAGGAUUUUCCGGACCAGGAGAGAACCGGAGCAUGAGUGGCCCUGAUAACCGGGGCAGGGGAAGAGGGGGAU